CUCAUAAUAUCGACGAUUUUAUACAGAACGAGACUGAAAGUUAACUUUAUCGCAUCGUGAACCAUGUUUGUUAUUCAUUUCCUCACUCAUUCUUUGACAUUAUUUCUCUUUCAUACAUUUUCUUAUUCUUUUCGUUUCAUCUACGGUUCUUUUACAUUAGUUAAACCAUUUUAAUCACGUGUAGAUAAUACGAAGAUACGAGGAUGAUCAUCACGUAGAAGAAACUUAACAUUUGUCAAGCCUAGAUAGAUAUAAUUUUAAUACUUGACAUCAUCCGUGAUACUCGGAUUUGUAUUUCAAAAAUAAAAAAAUUGUAUUGUGUUUGACGAUUUCGAUCUGUCGAAAAUAGAAAAGCAUAACAAGUUACGCGAGUAUCGAUAUGUAUUGCUGCUGUUUUUCAAGGUGAUCCAGAGAAUUUACGUGAACGAGAAUUUUUUAAGAUCUUUCAGAGAAAACAAACAUCGUUAACAAGAUGUACGGAAAUAUGCGAUACCUUUUCGCGAUAAUGCUUUCCAUCGCGAAUAUGAUCAUUUACGGUCUCAAGGUCAACAUAUCAUUAGCGAUAAUUGGUAUGGUAAAAUUACACGAAGCAUCAUCAUCAAACGAGUGUCCUGAAUUUGGGGAUGAAGAUGCCAAGGAUGAUGCUGAUAUGGACGGACCGUUUGAUUGGUCGGCUACUGAACAAGGACUCGUUGUUAGCAUAUAUUUCGCAGGAUAUCUUAUUGGAAUGUUUCCUUCGGGAUAUUUCGCAGAUCGAUUCAACACGAAGAUAGUGUUACUGAUCUGUGUAUUAGCAAAUGCAAUUUUAACGAUCAUCGUACCAAUCGCGGCUAACGUAUUGAUAGUUCUGCUAACUGUGAGAUUUUUAAUGGGUAUCAUGAGUGCCGCCAAUCUACCAGUGGUUAACGUACUCGUAGGAAAAUGGGUUGUUUACGAAGAAAAGAGUAUGUGGGUUGGAAUAAUCUACGCUGGAACAUCAUUGGGAACGGUCAUAUCGAUUCUCUCAGCUGGUUUGAUCAUGGAUACACUUGGAUGGGAAGCAGUAUUUUAUAUUCACGGUACACUGCCGUUAAUUUGGUGCGCGUUAUUUUACUUUUUCUUCGAGGAUUGUCCAGAAGAACAAAAAUUCAUUACCGAAGAGGAAAGAACAUUGUUAGUUAAUACUUAUGGUCAUCGUUCACCUGUUUCCGCUAAAAUGAUUAUACCUUGGAAAGCAAUAUUCACUUCUGUACCAUUUUGGGCAUUGAUUUGGACCAACACUCUUGGAAACUUUUGUUGGUACUUCUUAUUAACACAAUUACCACUAUAUAUGAACAAGAUUUUACGAUACAAUAUCACAUCCAAUGCAAUUAUCAGUUGUACGCCAUAUCUAAUAAAUGCCAUAACUAAUCCAUUACUUGGCAAAACAUUAGAUUGGGGUAGGAAUAAAGGUUAUUGGUCUCAAACUGGUGCAAGAAAACUUGCUGUAUUUGUAAGUUGCGUACCACCAUGUAUAUUUCUCGUAGUGAUUAUGUACAUCGGAUGCGAUCGUAUAACGUCGACGGUACUUUUGGUAUUGAGUAUAAUUGUUUGUGGUGCCAUUUUUGUCGGUCAUCUUUGCAAUCAAAACGAUUUGGCACCGAAUUACGCUGGUAUUCUUAUGGGAAUAACGAAUACGCCAGGAACAAUCUCGGCGUUCAUCUUGCCAGGAUUGGUGGGAUCUUUAAUGGAAGGAGGGCAUACAAUUGUAAAAUGGCGAUACGUUUUUUGGAUAAACAUAGUAGCACAACUACUUGCCUUUAUAAUAUUUACGGUAUUCGGUUCCGGAAAAAUUCAACCAUGGAAUAACCCAGAAAAUAGAGAAAAUGUUAACUGGGACAACGGAGAGAGACAACAAGAAACUAGAACCUAGAAGAAUAACAAAAAGACAUGUCUCUGUUAUUAUGGAAUAAAAAAAAAAAUUAUAAUAAAUAGAAAGAUUAUAAUUACACGACAAAUUAGAUGUCAACGAGACUUAAACGAAUUAUACUACGUACGAAAAUUGGCAUAAGUUUUAAAGAAAGAUGAAAACGAACGAUACGAAGAGUCUUUCUUGAAAGAAUGUAAAAACGUAAAAAAAAAAAAAAAA